AUGCUGCGGCGAGCCAUUGAGGCGAGUAAGGCUGAAUCGUAUCCCAAGCAUCCAGAGUAUACGUCCGGCGCGAGCUCUUCGACUGCGGAAGGAUCAAGCGGUCCUUCGAAGCGGAAAGACAUCGACGACAAGGAGGACCGCAGUGGGAAGAAGGCGCGAAUUGAGACCUUCGGGGACGCCUCGCUUGGAAUGCGCGUGCUCUUGGGAUGCGGUGACAACGACGAUGACAACAGCGACGGAGAAUUCAGCGAAUGCAUCGUCGAGCCUGGCAAUGUCACGGAGACAUUCGAGCAGGUCCACGUCAGCCCCGACGUGCUCGAUGCACUCGACGUCCUGACCUUGUCGAUCCAGGACCCCAAAGCCUUCAAGGUUGGGAUCUUAUCCAAGUCCUCGAGCCUUGGAGUCCUCCUAUACGGGCCACCAGGAACCGGCAAGACUCUUCUUGUCCGGGCGCUUGCUAAACAAGCCAACGCCAGGAUGCUUGCCAUUUCCGGUGCGGACAUCCGAUCCAAGUUCGUAGGCGAGGGCGAGAAGAAAAUCAAGCGUAUGUUCGCAUAUGCGCGCCGGCACUAUCCCUGCAUCAUCUUCGUCGACGAGGCCGACUCCAUUUUCCGAUCCCGAUCAGCAGAGGGAAACUGCCGCGGCCAUCUAUCCGACCUCAACCAGUUCCUGGCCGAGAUGGACGGCAUCAACGCCGCGGGUGCCAACAAGCCCAUGGUGAUCGCGGCAUCUAACCGGCCCUUCGACAUCGAUGAGGGGAUUCUCCGCCGCUUGGGACGACGCAUCAUGGUUGACAUCCCUGAUGUCGUAGGCCGUGAGAGGAUCCUGCAAAUCCAUCUGGCUGGUGAGAAGACGGACCCGGAUCUCGACCUGGCCGAAAUCGCCAGGUCAACGCAGGAUUACACAGGCUCCGAUCUCCGAGACUUUGUCUGGGAGGCUGCCAUUGAGGCCGUGCGGGAGAUGCACCGCAACAAGCUCGAAAAAGGCCUCUCAGAGACAUCCAAGCAGGGAGACAUGGCCGGUGGCGCCGACCGCAUGCUUCGCCGAGAUCACUUCCUUUGGGCCAAGCAAGCGGUUCGUCCAGCUCCCAAAUCCGAGCUGGUUGCUAAGAUUGGGGAUUUCCACAGCAGGUUCGGCAGCACAGACCGGAGAGGCAGAAGGGGCGACCACAGGACGGAGAUAAUUAAUAAGGGCAACAAGGCAGAGUCUCCAUUGUCAUCUUCUUACAUAGCGUAA